AUGUCCGAUAAAUACAAGCUUAUAAGGGUAUCAAAGUCUCGCGAUUCAACUGGUAAAAACUGUUUCUUUACCCACAUUUACACAAUCGGAACACCUUCUUCUUCUUCUUGGAGGAUAAUUGAAGAUGCUCCAAUACAAGAGAUUGCACAGUGUUUUUCAACGUUCCUUGAUGGGCGUUUAUAUUGGAUAAUGGAUGAGGUAGGAGGAGGAUUUAUCUAUCGUUAUGGGUUCAUGAUUUAUUUCGAUUUUGAUAGUGAAACAUUAGGAACAUCAAAAUUGCCGCCUCCUUUUGAUACCACCCGAGAUAGAAAUCCUGUGAGUGUGGUUAACUUUGACGUGUUUCAAGGUAUGUUGAGAUUAACACAAAAUUGUAACAUACUUAGAGUAGGUCUUCCAUCUGAUUUCGGAACCAACAACCACGUUUGGGUUAUGAAGGGGUUAGGGGUUGAUGAAUCGUGGUGCUUAGAAGAGCUUGAUUUUUCAUUUUCUGCCAAGUAUAUAAGCAAUAAUAAGUCUGAGGCAUUGGUUUAUUCAACUGGUUAUUUUAAGGUUACAUACAACCAGAUUGGGGAGGAGAUUUUUUAUAGUUCAUUAACACCACUCUCUCAUGUUCCUAUCCUGCUGCCCCUCAAGGAAUUACUGAUAGGAGUUGAAGUCCAUCUCCUAAAGUCAACUCAAAGCAAAAAUUACUAAGAAGAAAUGGUGACAAUUUUAGUAAUUUCAGCUGAUAACUGAAAUAUGGUACUACAUUUUUCUAUCAUGUGCUUAACUUUAUUUUCUUAGCUUUUUAUUUUAUUUUGUUGAACAUAUGCUCAGUUACUCUUUGUUUGUUACAAUUUUUGGGUUUUAUAUCUACUCUUACUAUUUGGCGA